GCGGUAACCUGCGCACGGGCACCUCAAGUUGUUCGCGCGUAACUUGAACAACGGACGCGCGGUUUUCAAAAAACUCGUAAGCCUGUUUGAAGUGUUCGAUGUCGUAAAGUGUUUAUUGAUAUGACGUCCUCAUCCUUGAACAAGACAAGGAUGAUAAUUAACAAGUUUUAAAAGAUACAAGUGCAGAAAACAAUAUGGGAAGCGGAAAGUUUAGUUUUAGCCCUAAGAAAGACAAAGUGUCGGUGACAAGCGCAAAGGCUGAAAUUAGUGUUAAGGAAAAAUGUCAUAAAAUACAGAAGAAAUUAAAGAAGACUGAAACAAAGAAGACUGAUGCUGAUGCAAAGGAAAAGAAGAUUUGGUGGAACCAAUGCAGCAGUUUGAGCGAAAUCGACCAAUACCUAUGGAUGGUAGGUGGUUCGGCGGGGGCGCUUGCGCUGACCGGUGUAGCAGCUGCCUCGGCCUUCUACCUCAGCACGAGGCCCAAGCCAGAGAAGCCUCUUGUUACUCUACACGAACAGAGUCUUCUCGAAACGGGACCCGAAAUGGUUCGAGUGUCGAAGUUCUACAAAGAUGCAAAAAAUGGCCGGUACCUUCGAUACCUCCAUGAUGACACACGCACACUUUAUGAAACCUUCCGAAGAGGUGUAAAAGAAUCAAAUAAUGGCAACUGUCUCGGCUGGCGUGAGGGCCCAAACAAACCUUAUGUCUGGCAGACUUAUAAUGAAACCCUGCUUCGAGCGAAAAAUUUUGGCUCUGGACUUAUAUGUCAAGGGCUUUCACCUGGUCAGAAUACUUUUGUCGGGAUUUAUUCACAGAAUUGUCCAGAAUGGAUCAUGACAGAACAGGCUGCGUAUUGCUACUCAAUGGUCAUUGUACCAUUGUACGACACAUUAGGAGCAAAUGCAUGUUCCUUCAUUGUUAACCAAACGGAGAUGGCUGUAGUAGUUUGCGAGGACGACAAGAAAGCUAACCUUCUGCUCGACCAGUCGCCAAGGUGUUUGAGGAAGCUGAUCACGAUCAAGGAAGUGUCACCGUCCACCCAUCAAAGGGCAAAGAGUCGAGGCGUGGAGAUUGUGAAAUUCAGCGACGUUGAAAUACAGGGAGCACAGAAAGAUUAUCCUUGCGUCCCACCACAACCAGAAAGCCUGUGUACUAUUUGUUAUACAUCAGGUACGACAGGCAUGCCAAAAGGAGUGAUGUUGACUCAUGAAAAUGUAGUGGCCUCUGUAUGCAGUGUUAUGAUGCAACUGGGAGAACAUAAGCCUUCAAAGCAUGACGUCAUGAUCUCAUUCUUGCCACUAGCUCAUAUGUUAGAGAGAUGCUGUGAGAAUGCCCUAUACAUGGUUGGUGGUGCUGUGGGUUUCUACAGCGGCGACAUGCGCAGACUAGCUGAUGAUCUUAGUGCUCUGAAACCAACUAUGAUGCCGGCAGUACCUCGACUCCUCAAUCGGUUGUACGAUAAGGCUCAGGCCGAAAUAUCCAGUUCAAAGCUAAAGAAACUGCUUUUCAAUAUGGCGUUGUCAGCAAAAGAAUCUGAACUGAAAAGGGGUAUUAUCAGAAGCGAUUCCAUCUGGGACAAGCUGGUGUUCCGCAAGGUGCGCGAAGGCAUGGGCGGCCGCCUCCGCAUCAUCGUGGUGGGGUCCGCCCCACUCGCCGGAAACGUCCUCACUUUUGCAAGAUGUGCACUUGGCUGUUUGAUCGUCGAAGGCUACGGACAAACCGAAUGCACCGCGCCGGUGACUCUAACAGUUCAGGGCGACCACGUGCCUGAACAUGUCGGGCCUCCCGUCGCUUGUUGCAAAGUGAAACUCGUGGAUGUGCCCGAAAUGGAGUACUACGCGGCGCAGGGCCAGGGCGAGGUGUGCGUUCAAGGGGCCAACGUCUUCAAAGGAUACUUCAAAGAUCACGAGAAGACCAAAGAGGUCAUCGAUCACGACGGAUGGCACCACACUGGGGACGUUGGGAAGUGGUUACCAAAUGGUACAUUAAAAAUCAUUGACAGAAGAAAACACAUCUUCAAACUUUCGCAAGGCGAGUACAUAGUUCCUGAAAAAAUCGAAAACAUUUACAUUAGGAGUCAGUAUGUGGAGCAAGUGUUCGUGCAUGGCGAAUCAUUGAAGUCAUGCGUCAUAGCGAUAGUGGUACCUGAUGUCGACGUGGUAAAGUGCUGGGCGCUUGAAAACGGCAUCAAGGGGACUUUCUCAGCACUCUGCGAGAACGAGAAAGUCAAGAAGAUGAUUCUGGACGACAUGUUGCAAUGGGGGAAAACUGCUGGCCUUAAGACUUUUGAACAGGUGAAAGACAUCUACUUACACCCGGAUCCAUUCUCGGUACAGAACGGCCUACUGACGCCGACUUUGAAGGCGAAACGGCCAGAGAUCAGGAGCUACUUCAAACCACAGAUAGAAGACAUGUACAAGCAGCUGGCAUAACGGUAGCACCCGCUUCUGUAGACGGUGACUGUGACAAUGAUGGUUUUAAUCAGAUGGACGAUAUUGUGACACAAAUUGUAUCACACGGCAGCUUAAACAAACUGGAAGCCAAUCACAAAGUUUUAUUUUUUAAGUGUGAAAAAUCUCCUUAAAACACGUCGAGAUUGAACGAGCAAAGUUCAUUUGAGGUCAUUUUCACAUCUUUAAAUAUUUCAUCUUUUUAUUAUUACGUAAGUCAGUUAAAAAUAACCUCUCCGUCACUUUUUGAUUGCACCAAUUAGAAAAAGACGAGUAAUUUCCUGUGAAAUAGUGGCUUUCAGUUAGUGUAGACUUCCGAAGUGACUUGCAACUGUAAUAAAUACAAACACACUGUUCGCAUAAUAUAAUGCGUAAGAAUCGUAUAGAUGUAAAUGCACGAGUGAGCCAAUAGUAAAUCAAGCUACCUUGAAAAGGCAUUCUGAAAAUGAAAACGGAUUGCACCAGAUUCUAAAAUGACGGAUAAUUAUAAGCAUUGAUUAAUUUGCGUUUCCUAUAGCAGAUCUCUUUAAUCAUCACAUAAAAUAUUUGAUAUAUUUAAAUCAAGUUUAGCGAAAAUAAAAAAAUCUACAUACAUACUAUAUACGCCUUUAAUGUACCCUAUGUUAGGGUUACGAUUCUUAACUAGUUAAUAUAUUUAAAAAAAACAAUUGCCAAAUUGUAAUUUUACGUCCAUCUUAUUAAAAUCAAUGAAACUUAAGUUUAACACACUUUCACAGUACAAUGUGUUCGUUAAUUAUUCAGUCACUUCUCACUUUGCUCUCGCUACGGUUGUCAUAUGAUACUAAGUUGAUGACUGACACAAUACUAUAUUCGAUGCAUUACAUACUAAGUUGUUAUACAUUAAUUUCAGCCUGCAAAUUUUUGAGAGAAACUCUAAGUAGGUGUUAAAAGACAUAAAAAGCGAAAAUUCCUGGGAUUAUUAUAAAGCCAAGCAUUUGUAUAUUUCGACCCUUUUGGUGACCAAAUGUUUAUAGAAUACCUUGAAUCUUUGAAAAAGCUUUGAUAUACAUAAAAUAAGUAAACAUUUAAAAAAACAACGCACAUCAAGGGCACAUUGGAACAAAAACAACUUCGUUUCAACUAAGUUUUUAUUUACUCGGCAGAACCAAUACCAUAAAUUAAGAAUAAUACCAAUUGCACGUAAAAAUAUAUUUAAUAAUCCAUUAUAUAUUUUAAGUAAAAUGUCAAUUGCGGACAAGAAAUUAAAAGAAACCAUAAUGGCAGCUAUAAAUAAUAAAAAUCAUACGAAAUAUGAUGAAUAUAACAGCACAAAUUUUAAGCCAAAACUUUUAAAAGACAAAGAUUUUUGUAGAUUUUCGUUUAGUCGAUUAUAAGUUUGUAUUGGAAAGUGCAUGGCGAAUAUUUGUGUGAAUAAAAUCACACAAAAAUUCGCCAUGACUUUGAAAAUUCACACGCAUUUUACGGCACGUAAUAUUUAUAUUUUUCACUAAAUGCAAAUUAUUCAGGCAUUGGUAUUGUCUAAAUAUGGUAUUACCUGUCAAACGGAUGUUACUGAAAAAUAUAUUGACAGUCAAUUAACUAAAUAAUCUUCCGAACAUUGCAUUUGGCUAUUAUGGUAUGAAUAAUUAAAUAUUAUAUUAAUUACGGCUAUGUUGACUUGUAACAUCAAAAUCAAAUCUUGAUGACAAUUUCUAUAUAAGAUUGUAGAUGGGGAAUUUACUUGUAAGGUUUGCCUAAAAUCUAUCCUAAAAAGUGAACGAUGAAAUAAAUAUCAAUCAUUUAUUGUAUUUAAUCUAUAUUUAAAAAUUAAUCAGGUGUCAGGGAUUAUUGACAAGAAUAAUUCCUGGUACCAUAAAAGGUCAGAAUAAUACCUAAGUAAGGCAGAACUUCACUUUUUAUUUCUGAGAGAUCAUUAACUGAAGCAAGUAAUGUGAAAAUGAAGGUAUAUGACGUAUAAAUUAAAUCUACAUAAAAUGUAUCUGACUUAUGAUGUUAUUAAUGAGAUUAAUGAAAGGGCACAAUAAACAUUAAUAUGUCCACAAGCAAAAAUCCCAAUGGAAUUGCCGGUUGUAGAACAUUUUUAUAUAGUUAAUGAUGAUAUCUCAAGUUUUAUAGGGAAUAUCAUUAACAAUAAUAGACUUAGGUAAAUUUGUAAGCAAUACGUUUUACGUAUACUUAUAAUACAAAUCUAGAUGAAAUAGAAAAUAUCGACGCAGUUAAUUUUAGCACGAAAGCUAUAGAUACUUUCUUUUUUUAUAUAAUAAUCAUUAUUUUGUGUGUUCUUUCAAUUCUGUGAGUAUUUGAUGAUAUUGUAAUUUUAGUGACGUAUUGUAAUACCUGUAUAAUUUUGUUGGUGCAAAAUACUAAUAGGUUCUAAGUAGAGGAAAUACUCGUACUUUAUGCCGUGCCUUCCUAAUAUAGCGCAUAUAAUAGCGCUUUACUCGAUAAUUAUUUCGAUGCGUGAGAAUUUAUCCUUAUGUUAUUUGUGUUAAGUAGAAUUUUGUGAUUGUUUUUCUACUUGUAAACAUUCGUGUUACAUCUGAUUUGUAAUCAAACCAGGUUUUAAUUUCAACUUUGGUACUCGUACCUCCAUUUCGAAGAUGUUUUUGCAAACGCAUUACAGCGAUCACGUUCAUGACCAGUGACGUUUUCAUAGGCUCAAAGGACAUGUUUUAGUCCUAAGUCCUAACAUUUUUUAACGAGGAAAGUAAAAAAAUCCAGUCGCGCAAUAUUUCAAAUCCGCGUGACUUUGGGUUUGGCACAUGUGUGCAUAAAUUUUAAGAGUUAGUAGGUACCUAUUUAAACUUACAAAAUAAUGUAUUGUUUGGCCUACCGUGAGAAAAAUGUCUAUGCACGUCAUUGACCAAGACCAUGGCAUGAAGUCGUCGACGAAAUAAAAGCAUAUGCGUUCUAAAAUAUGGUUUGUUUUCAAUCGUACCUACAUUAUAUCUAUUUUGUUUUUAUAACUGAGUGAGUGGUUGAAUUGAGCUAAAAGUUGAGAUAAUUAUUGCAGCUAUCUAAUUAAGCUUGUAAUUCGAACUUAAGGUGUAUGAAUCUCCUUAACGCUGUAAAUGUGUGUGCAUUUUACAUGAUGAAAUAAAAUGUUUUAAACCAGGUGUACUGUUUUUUACACGAAACAAAUGUCUGGAUGUUUUAUGUUUCGCCCCAAAAUCAGUACACGAUAUAGAGUACUAUGGAUUAAAACAAUUUGAUAAUAUGACAAAAAAUAUCGCACCGUGUAGUUUUAGGCAAUGAUUUUUUAAUUCUCUACGCAAUAUUAAUUAGUUGUUUGAUUCAUGCUUCGAGCGAACGUUAUGGUUUCAUGUUGUUCAAACCAAAAUUUUGUUGUUAUUGGUGCAAGUUGUACUACGAUAAUUUAUUUUUAAAUAAAAAUUUGAAAAAGCAUAAUUGGUUUAUUUUC